AUGAUCACAUUCCUCCCCGCAAUACCGCACAACAUGGCUAUUUGUUCCACCCCUGCCUGUCCACCCCAACCCCCACCUCAGUCGCUGAGCCCUGUCCUGGCUCAGUUCUCCGACGCAUUGAAUGGGCGCUCACCCUGA